AUAUACUGUAGCAAAUACAAAUAUGAAAAUCGUGAUAGGUGUAGGAAUUGUUUACAUUUCGAUAUGGCGGUAUUAAGAAAAGUUGAUAUAAACUUUUUGGGAAAUAUUAUUAAAGAUGUUUUAUGGAAAUUGUGAUUAUACAGCAUGAUAUGAGAAAAUAUAAAUAGCGUACUUUUAUGGUUAAACACAUUCCAACUAAUACUGUUUGAUGUGAAAUUAAUAGCAUACAAUUAAUGAUGUGUCAAGAUUACAUAACUUUAUAGCAUAAUUCAAGUUUUUAUAGCAAUUAUGUUACGUUAGUGCACUUGCUGUUGUUGCGAAGGAAGGUUAAUUGCUUACGUGUCAUACGUUCAGCACUUGCUAAUUGUUUCUGUAAUGUUAUAAUAACAUAGAAGCACCAUAAUUGUAGAUUAAUGCAUUUAAAAUAAUUAGAAUUGCACAGAAAAACAAUGGCAAAUGAAACCUGGAAUGUAAUGGUGACGGGGGGUGCUGGGUACAUUGGUUCUCAUACUGUAUUGGAACUAUUACAAGGUGGUUUUGAGGUGGUGGUAAUAGACAACCUUAGUAAUGCUUAUAAAGGAGAUAAUGAUGUAAAACCAGAAUGUUUAUUAAGAGUAGAAAAAUUAACAAGUAAACGUAUUACAUUCAUUCCCUGUGAUAUUACAAACAUCAAUGAUUUGAGAAAUAUAUUUAAAAAGCACAAGUUUCAUUGUGUUUUACACUUUGCUGCUUUAAAAGCUGUGGGUGAAUCUUGUGAAAAACCUUUGGAAUACUAUAAAACAAAUGUUUGUGGAACAUUGAAUUUGUUAAAAGUUAUGAGAGAACAUAAUGUAACACGCUUUAUUUAUUCAAGUAGUGCUACAGUCUAUGGUAUUCCUGAAAAACUUCCAUUAGUUGAAAAUAUGAAAACUGGUCAAUGUACAAAUCCUUAUGGAAAGACAAAAUAUAUGGUUGAAGAAAUUUUAAAAGAUUUAUGCAGUUCAGAUGAAGCUUGGUCUGUUAUAUCUCUGAGAUAUUUUAAUCCAGUUGGAGCUCAUACUUCUGGACUAAUAGGUGAAGACCCUAAUGGAAUUCCAAAUAAUCUAAUGCCCUACAUUGCUCAAGUAUCUGUUGGGAAAAGGGAAGUAUUAUAUGUGUAUGGUAAUGAUUAUGAUACUCCUGAUGGAACAGGUGUACGUGAUUAUAUACAUAUUAUAGAUUUAGCAAUAGGCCACGUAAAGGCAAUGAUUUAUCAGAAGUUUAAAAAUCCUACUGGAUUUAAAGCUAUUAAUUUGGGUACUGGGAAAGGUUACUCUGUACUUGAAGUUAUACAUGCUUUUGAAAAAGCUUCAGGUCGAAAAAUACCGUAUAAAAUAGUCGAUCGCAGACCAGGAGAUAUAUCUGUUAGUUAUGCAGAUGCUAGUUUGGCUAAUAAAGAAUUAGGAUGGCGAGCUACUAGAAACAUAGAUGAUAUGUGUAUAGAUGCAUGGAAUUGGCAACAAAAUAAUCCAAAUGGAUAUAAAUGUUAAUAAUAAUUGCUAAAACAUUUUAUAGUGCAAAAAGUUUUAAGCAUUUAAAAAAAAGCAUUUAUUUUAUUUUUUAUUAUAUAUUACAUGUAAGCCAUGGUGGUAUCUGGUUACCAAAGUUUAGACCAAAAAUAUAAUUUUUUUAUAUUAAUUAGUUAA